AUGUCCAUCCCCGCUGAUUACCCUUAUAAAGAAUACUUGAAAAAUCAAGGUGUCGACAAGCUGUCGCCGAUCAGCUUCUUUCGAUUCCAUCGAUUCAUGUACAAGCAGAAGGAUUUUGCAGGCCAGGAAUAUCACAAGUUGAUCGCGCUGGUCAUGCAACAGGACACUAUUAAAGGCGGCGUUUUGCUAUCGGUGUUCAAAUCGCAGAAGUACAAUGUAGCGCAGUACUGGAGAGAUACACGGGAGCAGGAAAAGCAGGUAUCCCACGCCUCUGCUGUGAAAGAUGAAGGCCGGGUCCAAUCACUGGCCUCUGUGAAGACCGUUACCAGAGAUACUCUGCGCGUCUUUGGGGUAGCAGUCCCCUCUGCUGCCUCCCCUGACUCGACCUCCAACUCAAAUGACGCCGACGACUUUGUGGCGGUCAUCGCGGACAUUCUCGAUGGCAAUGUCAUGAACAGGGUGCAGGACCCAGAUUUCAGUGCAUCGGGUGGGGUUAAUAAUGCUGGGAACGGUAUCUUGCACACACAUACUGAACCUCGUCCAAAAGGAGCCUUGCAGAAGCAAGCAGGCAAGCGGAGCCGCCAGGACGAUGCACACGUUGACACCAUGUCCAGUCGAAAGGAGCAGCGGUACCGAGCCAUGGACACACACAAAUUCUGGCAUUUGAGGUCGGGCAGGGAUGUCGAGACGGUUCUAUUUGAAGCCAGCUUGGAUGGGGCAGCCACAUUUCGGAUAAGAUCCUAUACUAUUGAUUACGAUUGUUCUUUGACUCAAGCAUUGUUCACAGAUGAGGAAUGGUCAGAGUUGUGCGAACAGAGGGCGUUUGAUCUACCAGGUCUCUGCAAGACCACGGAGCAAUACCUACUCUCGCUGCGAAAGGCUCUGAACCGAGGCGAUCACCCCACCACCGUGCCGAUCCCGGAAACUGACGUUAUAGCCUGCGAACUGGCCCUAAUAUCUUUAAUUCAAUGGACGCAACUGUACAAGGCGAGACCCUCCCCGUUUAAUAUCUCGGACACGUCCGAAUCAUUUUGGUGUCGAGAGGGCUGGUCCCUGCUCCGGAGAAUCCUGGGAAAUGUCAAUGGGAUUACGAUGAUUGAUGGAGAGAAGACCACCUAUGAGAGCAGGAACCGCAGGAACAAGUAUCGUCGUCUUGAUGUUGAAGGACAGAAGGAUUGGUUCAUUGUCGAAUCCAUGGCCGUUUGGGAUGAGUUCUCGACGAAGUUUCUGCACGAAACUAGCGUGGUUCUGUUCAAAGAGCUGCAUCUGCUGGCGAGCAGUCGGGUCCAAGAGGCUAAGAGGAAGGACUUUGUCGAGAAUGCCCGGUUCUUCGCGGCGAUGGUGGCGGGAACGAUCCAGCACUACCAGCGUUGUUUGACAACGGUGGAAAAGCAGGACGAGGACAGCUCUGGUGGCGAGAGCGACGCGGACGAUCCAAGAUGGUUGUACCAAGAUCCAGAGAGCCUCAAGGGUGAUCAAACCCUCGGAAGCUCCUCUCUUGCCCCCCCGUCCUGA